UCUCAUGCAUUAAAGGAGAUAGUAAAUAUAUGAAACUUGGGGCGAAAUUACCACGAGGGGUUCUGCUUGCGGGUCCCCCGGGAACCGGAAAAACAUUGUUGGCCCGUGCAGUGGCCGGAGAAGCUAAUGUGGCGUUUUUCUCGAUGUCUGCUAGUGAAUUUGUCGAGAUUUUUGCUGGUAACGGGGCUGCCCGUGUUCGAAAUCUUUUCAGCGAUGCCAGAAAACGUUCACCGUCUAUUAUUUUCAUUGAUGAGAUAGAUGCUGUUGGAGGGCAACGUGGAAUAUCUUUCAAUAGUGAACGUGAUCAAACUUUAAACCAGGUAAAUAUUAUUUUAAUUUAAUGCUCAUGGUCAAAGUUAAACAAGGAAAUAGUUGACAUAAAAUGUGGUGUUUGAUGUGUUAGCUUUUGACUGAGAUGGAUGGAUUUGAGAAGGGUGCAACUGUGGUGGUUAUAGCGGCUACUAACAGACCGGAGUUGCUGGAUUCUGCUUUGAUGAGACCGGGUCGGUUUUCCAGGAAAGUGGUUGUGGGUAAACCAGAUGAAGAUGGAAGAAGAAAGAUUUUUUCCUUAUAUUUAGAAAAGGUGCCCAUGGACAAGGAGGACAAACAAGUCAUUUGUGACAUUGUUGCUUCACGUACACCAGGGUUAGUUGGGGCUGAUCUUGAAAAUAUAGCUAAUGAGGCUGUAAUGCUUGCUGCUCGUACAGGUGGUGAUUAUGUGACCAAGGAGGAUGUUCUUCAAGCUCUUGAGAGGUCCACAACCAAGAUUUGUAAUGAUGAUGCUACCAGUGAAGCUAAGUCACCGUAUUUGUUUGGACAAAUGGCACUAGAAAGUGUGCAAGCCGGGGGAUAUUGAUUUCGAACUAAUCAUCUAUAGGAUUCGUUCAAGAUGGAGAAUUCAAUUUUGGUUUUAUUAGAUUUCGUAUUUCUAGCUUGUAAGUAUAUAGAUCUUUUGGCUCAUUGGAAUAGGUUGUUAAAAGUGUUAGUUAGGCUAAAUUUAACCAAAGUGACAUAAAGUGACUAAAAUUUUUGCAUAUGUUUAUUUGUUUGGGAUGAGAACAUAUUAAUAAAAACUUUGAAGGUUUAACACUAA